GCCGCAGCUACCCCAACCGCGCAGGAGGCCACUCAAGAGGCAAUUCCGAAACCCGGCGAAGAGACCGCGCCAGCACAAGAGGCGAUUUCGAAGCCUGCCAACGUUAUUCCAGCUGCACAGUAUGCGACCCAAGAUGCGAUUCCGAAACUUGAGCAAAGUUCUUUGACGAUAUGGGAACAGUGGCCGCAAGAGUACACUGCAAGGUCAUCAGACUCUCCCUCAGGACGGCUGGCAACGGCCCAAGGCCCAGUAACGGUUGUUGACGGAACUCAGCCUGAUGAAGUUUCAACUCAUCGAUAUAUAUUUGUCGUGCCCAUGGUCGUAACAGCGAACAUCAACGGAAAAGUUUACAGGCUCACCACCCAUUACACGAUUGCGGUAUGUUUUUUAUACUUAGGUCUUAACCUUUAG